CGACGACGGCGGCGGCUCCUCGGGGUGCUCGGCUCCCUCCCAUCUAGGCCGGCCCCGGCCCGUCUCGCCCCCAGCAACUCACUGUUUGGGGCUACGGACUUUCUCAUCGUGCCCCACAAAAGUAACGCUUGGGGACCUGGGGGAGCCGGAAGUACCGCCUCGUGAUUCCCCAGAUACUAUCGGGGAAACGGAAGUGACCGUCGGAGGCAGAGAGGUGUCGGCCAUGGAGCCCAGUGAUAGUACCAGCACCACUAUGGAGGAGCCUGACAGCCUGGAGGUGCUGGUGAAGACCUUGGACUCUCAGACUCGGACCUUUAUUGUGGGGGCCCAGAUGAGUGUGAAGGAGUUUAAAGAGCAUAUUGCUGCCUCUGUCAGCAUCCCCUCUGAGAAACAGCGGCUCAUCUAUCAGGGGCGAGUUCUGCAAGAUGACAAGAAGCUCCAGGAAUACAAUGUUGGGGGAAAGGUUAUCCAUUUGGUGGAACGGGCUCCUCCUCAGACUCAGCUCCCUUCUGGGGCAUCUUCUGGGACAGGGUCUGCCUCAGCCACCCAUGGUGGGGGACCCCUGCCUGGUACUCGGGGGCCUGGGGCCACAGUUCAUGACCGGAAUGCCAACAGCUAUGUCAUGGUUGGAACCUUCAAUCUUCCUAGUGACGGCUCUGCUGUGGAUGUUCACAUCAACAUGGAACAGGCCCCAAUUCAGAGUGAGCCCCGGGUACGGCUGGUGAUGGCCCAGCACAUGAUCCGGGAUAUACAGACCUUACUGUCCCGGAUGGAGUGUCGAGGAGGGCCCCAAGCACAGCACAGUCAGCCGCCCCCACAAACGCCGCCUGUGGCCCAGGAGCCGGGAACCUUGAGCUCUCAGACAGCAGAAGCGGUUGAAAAUGACUCGCCAGCUCGGGAGCCCAUGGAGGCAGAAGAAGUGGAGGAGCGCACCCCAGUCCAGAACCCAGAACUCACCCCGCCUGGCCCAGCCCCAACGGGCCCAGCACCUGCCACGGAGACAAACACACCCAACCACCCUUCCCCCGCGGAGUAUGUCGAGGUGCUGCAGGAGCUGCAGCGGCUGGAGAGCCGCCUCCAGCCUUUCCUGCAGCGCUACUACGAGGUCCUGGGCUCCGCCGGCAGCACGGACUACAACAACAACCAUGAGGGCCGAGAAGAGGACCAGCGGUUGAUUAACUUGGUGGGGGAGAGUCUGCGACUGUUGGGCAACACCUUUGUGGCUCUGUCUGAUCUGCGUUGCAAUCUGGCCUGUGCACCCCCACGCCACCUGCAUGUGGUCCGACCCAUGUCUCACUACACUACCCCCAUGGUGCUCCAGCAGGCAGCCAUUCCCAUCCAGAUUAAUGUGGGGACUACUGUGACCAUGACGGGGAAUGGGACUCGUCCCCCCCCAGCUCCUAAUGCAGAGGCACCUUCCUCUGGUCCCGGGCAGGCCUCGUCCCUGGCUCCGUCUUCUACCACUGUCGAGUCGUCCACGGAGGGGGCUUCCACUCCAGGGCCAGCUCCCCAGCCAGCCACCAGUCACCCGAGGGUCAUCCGAAUUUCCCACCAGAGCGUGGAACCCGUAGUCAUGAUGCACAUGAACAUUCAAGAUUCUGGCACACAGACCGGUGGUGUUCCGAGUGCUCCCACUGGCCCCCUAGGACCCCCUGGUCAUGGCCAGACCCUGGGCUCCACCCUCAUCCAGCUGCCCUCCCUGCCCCCUGAGUUCAUGCACGCCGUCGCCCACCAGAUCACUCAUCAGGCCAUGGUGGCAGCUGUUGCCUCCGCGGCAGCAGGACAGCAGGUCCCAGGCUUCCCAACAGCUCCAACCCGGGUGGUGAUUGCCCGGCCAACUCCUCCACAGGCUCGGCCUUCCCAUCCUGGGGGGCCUCCAGUCUCCGGGGCUCUGCAGGGUGCUGGACUGGGUACCAACGCCUCAUUGGCCCAGAUGGUGAGCGGCCUUGUGGGGCAGCUUCUCAUGCAGCCUGUGCUUGUGGCUCAGGGGACCCCAGGAAUGGCUCCACCUCCAGCUCCUGCCACUGCUUCAGCCAGUGCUGGCACCACCAACACAGCUACCACAGCUGGCCCUGCCCCCGGGGGGCCUGCCCAGCCUCCACCCCCUCAGCCUCCUGCAGCUGAUCUGCAGUUCUCUCAGCUUCUGGGGAAUUUGCUGGGGCCUGCAGGGCCAGGAUCUGGAGGGCCUGGCGUGGCUUCUCCCACCAUCACCGUGGCAAUGCCCGGCGUCCCUGCCUUUCUCCAGGGCAUGAGUGACUUCUUGCAGGCAACACAGGCGGCCCCUCCACCCCCUCCACCACCUCCACCCCCACCCCCUGCCCCAGAGCAGCAGAGCACGGCCCCACCAGGGUCCCCUUCUGGUGGCACAGGGAGUCCUGGAGGCCUGAGUCCUGAGAGCCUCUCCCCGGAGUUCUUCACCUCCGUGGUACAAGGCGUGCUGAGCUCUCUGCUCGGCUCUUUGGGAGCUCGCGCUGGCAGCAGUGAAAGUAUUGCCGCCUUCAUCCAGCGCCUCAGUGGCUCCAGCAACAUCUUUGAGCCUGGGGCUGAUGGAGCCCUCGGAUUCUUUGGGGCUCUCCUCUCUCUUCUGUGCCAGAAUUUCUCCAUGGUGGACGUGGUAAUGCUUCUCCAUGGGCAUUUCCAGCCACUGCAGCGGCUCCAGCCCCAGCUGCGAUCCUUCUUCCACCAGCACUACCUGGGUGGCCAGGAGCCCACACCUGGUAACAUCCGGAUGGCGACACACACAUUGAUCACAGGGCUAGAGGAAUACGUGCGGGAGAGUUUUUCUUUGGUGCAGGUUCAGCCUGGUGUGGACAUCAUCCGGACAAACCUGGAAUUUCUUCAAGAGCAAUUUAAUAGCAUUGCUGCUCAUGUGCUGCACUGCACAGACAGUGGAUUUGGGGCCCGGCUGCUGGAGUUGUGUAACCAAGGCCUGUUUGAGUGCCUGGCCCUGAACCUGCACUGCUUGGGGGGACAGCAGAUGGAGCUGGCUGCUGUCAUCAAUGGCCGAAUUCGCCGCAUGUCACGUGGAGUGAAUCCGUCACUGGUGAGCUGGCUGACGACCAUGAUGGGCCUGCGGCUUCAGGUGGUGCUGGAGCACAUGCCCGUGGGCCCCGAUGCCAUCCUCAGAUACGUCCGCAGGGUUGGUGAUCCCCCUCAGCCACUGCCUGAGGAGCCCAUGGAAGUUCAAGGAGCAGAAAGAACGUCCCCAGAGCCUCAGCGGGAGAAUGCCUCCCCUGCUCCUGGAACUACAGCAGAAGAGGCCAUGUCCCGAGGUCCGCCCCCUGCCCCUGAGGGGGGCUCCCAGGAUGAACAGGAUGGAGCCUCAGCCGAGACAGAACCCUGGGCCGCUGCUGUGCCCCCAGAAUGGGUUCCUAUCAUCCAGCAGGACAUUCAGAGCCAGCGGAAGGUGAAGCCGCAGCCCCCCCUGAGCGACGCCUACCUCAGUGGUAUGCCUGCCAAGAGACGCAAGACGAUGCAGGGUGAGGGCCCCCAGCUGCUUCUCUCAGAAGCUGUGAGCCGGGCAGCUAAGGCAGCCGGAGCUCGGCCCCUGACGAGCCCCGAGAGCCUGAGCCGGGACCUGGAGGCACCAGAGGUUCAGGAGAGCUACAGGCAGCAGCUCCGGUCUGACAUACAAAAACAGCUUCAGGAAGACCCCAACUACAGCCCCCAGCGCUUCCCUAAUGCCCAUCGGGCCUUUGCCGAUGAUCCCUAGCUCUUUGCUCUGUGGCCCUUCCUUACCAGGGGACCAUCUCCCCCCUCUUCCUUCACAGUAUUUAAGAAAUAAAAGUCGGAUUUUCCUGGC